AUGGAUAGACAAAAAAAUAUUACAGUAAAUAUUGAAUACAAUGUUUUAAGCGAAGAUCAGAAAAAGAUCAGGAAAAAGGAAGAUAAAGUGGUCGUCCGUGCUACUUAUGAAUACAAUUUUCAUGACUUGAUAAGUGAUGACACCGUCGAGGGAUUGCAUAUGUUGCAAGAUUACCGAAUACAUGUCACUUCUUCCGAAAAAAUAUCAAUUAUCGCCUAUGUAUUUGAUACCAAAUCUGCUGUUGAUUAUUUCUUAGUACAUCCUGUCGGAAUGGGAGGCGAUUAUUAUGCGUUCUCAUUACCUGGACGUAGCACCAUGACCUUAUAUUUUUUACCUCUUGGAGCAACAAAUGAAACAAUAUCGCAAAGUCAUUGUGUUCACAAUGUUUCAAUAACAGUGAGGCAAAACAAUAAAUCAGAGACUAUUAAGCAAAAUAUGAAGGCAGAUUCAUUAUGGCAGUACACGGCACCUGUAGAACAGGCGGUAUCGGUAUGGAUUCGUGAUCAAUUGAAUAAUCUCAAUGUUACAAAACGAGUAAGAUCAAAAGUGCGAACGACGUCGAAAGUGGAAAUAGCUCGAUUGAUCGUCAUAGCUUCGGUGCGAAAUAUUUCGAUAUCACGGAGCGAAAUAACAGAUUUUGGUUGUUUCAUGCCGACGCCGAUGAUUGUUGAUCGAUGUGCCAAACUGACUAAUCCCGUGUAUUAUCCAGCAAGUAAAGAUUUCGCAAAUAAUGUACUAUUAACACCGCCAUCUCCUCUAUGUCCACAAGAUAUAAUUGAUAUCAGGAGCACUAUGACAGAAGAAUCGAAGUCAUUAUCAGUGAAAUGGGAUAAAGGAGCGGAGCAAAUCAAUCUGGAGGACAAAAUUUCUAAGAAAACAUUUGCCAUCAUCUCAGGAACAACGAUCAUGAACAUUGUGCACCGUGGAGGCAAUAAUGGAUCGUUUAUUCACGAGAUUCCUGCAUAUUCUCAAUGGGUCAAUGGUGAUUCCUCAAUUGUGGUACCAAAAGGUUCAGAAGCUAUUCUAUAUGUUUUAGCAGACGAUUAUGGAAGAGAAGCAACAAUGGAAGGUUUUGAAUAUCCUUAUUUUGAAACAGUGGAUGAUGUGUCGCCGGAUUUCAGUCUCUUCUUAUAUAGUCGUAAACUUGAUGCUGGCGUCUAUCGUAUUGGCAUUGAUCAGGAAUUGGGUGGCCGAUAUAUUGCCAUCCUUAUAUCCGAAAUGAAUCGCCAUGCUAUUGGUUAUGUUGCUGCUAUCAAUCUCCACAGAAUUCCACCACCAAUAUUCUUAAAAUAUUCUACUACUGCUGAUUUGAUAACGACCGAAUCAGCAACAACGUCUCUGAUGGUUUCAACAAUGACCACAGUGACAACAACUCAAGGUGUAUCUCUCAGUGUACUUUCAAAUAACUUAUUUGCAAUUUGCAUAUGUUUCAUGGUAUACGGUGAAAGUGAACAAUGA